GAACAUGCACUUUGAAAAAGGCAGGUUACAGUAGUAACGCUAAGGUUGACUAAGUGGAACGACCUCCAAGCAAGAGAAAUUAUUGUGUCUCAUGAUCUACUGGUAUAUUUGGAAUUCCUGUGAAUCAGUGAUGCUUUGAGGAAAACACUUCAGGUCCUUCAAUUACUUGGUGUCGGUGAAGCUCUUUGUUCCACAGAAUCGCUAGAGAGUUGUAUUCUCUCGCUUUCUUUAUUCACCUUAAACCAUCAAAGUCAGCCAUAAUCAACAUGUCUUCGCCCGUAAUCACUAUUGUGGGCUCCCUCAAUGCCGACCUAGUUACGAGGACCCCUCGUUUCCCCAAUCCGGGGGAGACCAUAACGGCGCACGCCUUCUCGACCGGCUGCGGGGGCAAAGGCGCGAACCAAGCUGUCGCUGCUGCGCGACUCUCCGGCACGCCUGGCAAACAGGUGGGAGAUGGGUUCGAACCGCCGGCGGCCGAAGUUCGAAUGAUAGGGGCGGUUGGGCAGGAUCAGUUUGGAACCAUGAUGCUCGAUCAACUGGAAGAAGAUCAAAUAGAUGCGUCCGGCGUGUUACGAGUCAAAGACUCGACAACGGGGACGGCAAGUAUCACAGUGGACGAUUCCGGCGAAAAUUCGAUUCUCGUCGUCCGGGGUGCAAAUGGAAGACUACCGCACGAUCGAUCCCUAUUGAAAGGCGAUGAGACCAUCGUUUUGUUUCAGCUCGAGGUCGACAUUGAAGUGGUUGAGAAGAACCUCAAAGCCGCUAAGCAGAACGGAGCCAUUACGAUUCUGAAUCCAGCCCCUGCCGCGAGGCUGUCGGACAGCAUUCUUAGUAACGUCGACAUCCUCGUGUUCAAUGAACAUGAGAUGGCCAUCUGCGGGCCGGACCCGGCAGAACUCGGCGAAGACAAAACCCAGAACGGAGCCGAGUGGUUCAUGGCAAGAGGGGUGAAGUAUAUCGCAUUAACACUGGGGUCUAAGGGCUCCAAGACGUGGUCAUCCAAUGGGGAGACUUUUGAGAGCGGAGCUGGGGCCGUCGAAAAGGUGGUGGAUACGACAGCGGCCGGAGAUACAUGGGUGGGAGCCUUUGCUGUAGUCAUAGCACUGGGAGCUGCAAACAGGAAGGAGGCAGGACAGGCGCAGAGCAUCAACAUGACAACAAUUAAAGAUGCGGUACGGUUCGCCCAUGUCGCCGCCGGCAAGACGGUGGAACGCAGUGGAGCCAUCUCAUCGAUUCCUCAAGGAAAGGAGGUUCAGGCAGCCUACGAACCGAUCCUGAGGCUCUUGCAGAAAUCUUGAGACGGGUUCAAUUCCGUGACACGCACCAUUCGAUGAUAAAGAACGGGCAGGCAUUCUCAAGGAACGAGAGAAAUGUGGAUGAGAAAUGUGGAUGAGAAAUGCGGGAAUGGAACAUUUUGCAUAUGCAGGCGCAGAUCCAAUUGCUAAAUCUUGGUCAUUAAUUAGUAGAGUAGAUAUGAGACGAGAUGAAUGGAUAGACACGUAUGAAAAGUAGGACGCGACGAGACAUGGUCA